CAAACGCAAAGUGCAGAAGAUAUUUUUUUAAAGAAAAAAAGCUGCAUAAUUGUACCUUCUUUUGGACUUCACCGACCAAUGUGGCUUCUUGGAUCAACUUCCCAAGUGAUGAUGAUGAUGGAUGAGCGCCUGUCUCCCUCCGCACGCUCCGUCCAGAGCCCAGGGGACAACCAGUCCACGGUCCACAGCAUAGAGGCGAUACUAGGAUUUAAAGAGGACACCAUCUUUCACAAAUCGGCCUGCUACAGCAUGACAGAGAAAGUCCUGGUCAAAGAUGCAGAGCGGAAUGUAAUUGUGACACCACUAAAGAAAAGUCAUUCGUCAGAAAGUUUUGACAGUGUGUGCUGUGCCAGCGGCGCCGGUGAAGUCUCGGUGUGCCCGGACUCACCGGAGAGAGACAGCAAACUCUCCGAUGAUGAAAACCCCAAAAAGAAACACCGUCGAAACCGGACAACAUUUACCACCUUCCAGCUUCACGAGCUGGAGAGAGCUUUCGAGAAGUCCCAUUACCCGGACGUGUACAGCAGGGAAGAGCUCGCGCUAAAGGUCAACCUGCCGGAGGUCCGCGUGCAGGUGUGGUUUCAAAACCGACGUGCCAAAUGGCGUCGGCAGGAGAAGCUGGAGGUGAGCUCCAUCAAGCUCCAGGACACCUCCUCCUCCUUACUCUCCUUCAGCCGCUCUCCCACCAGCUCCCUGGGCUCCAGCCUCCAGCUGGACCCCUGGCUCUCCACCCCGAUCACCACCUCCACCUCCCUGCAGUCUCUCCCGGGCUUCAUUACGGGCUCGCAGGGCCUCCCGGGCACUUACACCCCUUCUCCUCCCCCUUCAAUGCCCUCUUCCCUGCCGGCCUCCUUCCUAAACUCCCCGGGCCUAGGACACAGUGCUCACCUGCCCCACAUGGUCUCCAUGUGCCCCCCGCCCCCGGCCUACCACUGCUCAGCUGAUCCAAGGAACUCCAGUAUUGCCUCACUGAGGAUGAAGGCCAAGGAACACAUUCAGUCUAUAGGGAAGACGUGGUGA